CGGGCUCAUAGGGGUAUGUCACAAAACCCACACAGAUAGACGGCGGAUGAGAACGGGUUCAACCGAGUACAGUGAAUUCGGGAAAGUGUGAUGCUUUCAGGGGGCGAUUGUUGUGCGCGAGACGCGGAGAGCAAUGCCGUAUUCUGCCUUUUUUUUUGCUCGCGCGACCGACUGUUUGUACCUAUUUCCCACUUCAGUGGUGAAAUCCACGGAAUGUUCCAUUAACAGGAACAGCUGAUGAUCAUGCCGCCGCACAGAAUAUGGGAGAGAUGUGAAGGAUUACAAGGAGAAAUAUCAGCGACUGAGAUGCUCGCAAAUUAACAAUCAGAGUUACGACAGUCUGAGGCUUUUAGACACAAGUGCCUCUUGCACUACUGGUCCCCCACCCCAAGUGUGUCUCAUUUGCACGACGUCACAAAUGCGACCAUGGGAAGUAGCAGUGAGUAGGCGGCCAUCAACAGCCCCAUUAAACCAGAGGAGAGUCGUCGGGGAGCCUUGCAUCACCCCUCUGCACCUCAGGAGAAGUCCUCCAGUACGACGUCAGUGGGGGCAACGAGAUAUACCUGCUGUGCACACUUCCCUGCGUCAGGAUGAGAACUUCCACCACAUGGUCUUCACCCAGCAUCAGCAGAUUCCCUUAGAUGAGUCCAGGCAAUAUAGCCAUACCAGUGCACCUCCACGCAUGCUGCAUACUGCCACACAACCUCCCCAACAGAGCUCCAUCAUGGUGGAUCUUCAUGAACAGAUGCAUCAAGGAUCAGUUCCAAUAUCCUAUACAGUUACUACGGUGACAACCCAUGGCUUUCCCAUCCACACCGGGCAACCUAUUCCAGCCUGCAAUGCUCAGCAGCUCCCAGCAUGCUCGGUAAUGUUCAGCGGACAGCUCUCUCUGCUCUGCUGCCUUCCUCCUCCACUCAUUCAAGCCUGCACCAUGCAGCACCUGCCGGUGUCCUAUCAGGCAUUUCCACCAUUGAUUUCCAGUGAGCAUUUUAUCCUGCAUCCCAGUCCUCCAGUGCCACCCCACCAGCCUCCUCAUCUGCCUCCACUCAAUCAGUUUGUCCCCUUACAGCCCCAACACCCGCGCAUGCCUCUGCAGAGGGUGGAGAAUGAAGUGGAUCUGCGAGGAGACCAGCAUCCGUUAGGAACGUUCUCUUAUCCUCCAGCCCACCAUCCACCAGCAAUGACCCCCUCCGUCCCCCUACAGUACCUCCCCCAAGAGCCCCUCCAUCAAGAGCUACCCUACGGAGUGCCAUAUCCACACAUGCUGCCGAGGCGUAUGACUGGACAGAGGUACAGGUUACAGCAGCCUCUGCCUCCCCCACCCCCUCCACCACCCUAUUACCCUGGAUUCCUUCCGUACUUCCUCUCAAUGCUUCCUGUGCCUCCGACUGCUAUGGGUCCUGCUAUCAGUCUGGACUUGGAUGUAGAUGAUGUAGAGAUGGAGAACUAUGAGGCGUUAUUAAAUCUUGCUGAGAGACUUGGUGAAGCGAAACCUCGUGGACUGACGAAAGCUGAUAUAGAGCAGCUUCCAUCCUACAGGUUCAAUUUAGAAAACCACCAAUCUGAACAAACUCUGUGUGUUGUGUGCUUUAGUGAUUUUGAGUCAAGGCAGCUUCUUCGAGUAUUACCCUGUAACCACGAAUUUCAUGCCAAGUGUGUGGACAAGUGGUUAAAGAAACGGGAUGCGAGUGACACUGUCACAGGGCAACCCAGUUCAUUUUUCCUCAACCACGACAAUAAUGACAACAUGGACAGAUACAUGGAAAAAUAGAGACCAAUCGCACCUGUCCAAUCUGUCGAGCCGACGCAUCUGAAGUUCAUCGUGACGUGGAAUGAGUUCAGGCUUUUGUCCUUCACUGGAAAGCAGCACAAAUCCUUGAGUGUGUUCUGUGAGUGGGGACGGACACCUGUUCUCCAGCCAAGCGCAAAUCUACCCACCUCACCCUGCUCCCAAACCCCACUUCUACAAUAAGCAAUCUUGGAAUUUGUAUGGAAUUGUGUGUUUCACGAAAGCUACUGCCUCCACUUCCGAGUUCUGGAAUUGUGAUCCUUUUUUUUUUUUUUUUAUAGGUUUUUUCCAUGCCCCUUGUUUUUCACAGAUUCCGAAAAUAACCUGUAAUACGUGUUGUGUUGGCAUAUUUGUUUACACAAUUGAAUAUUCUCUAGUUGUUUGAUCAUGAAUAAUUAAAAAUCGUGCUUUAGUGUCGUAAGGGACUGCGGGGGUGGGCCUGGAUUAUGGUUGUUUUUUGGCUUUACCGUGCAAUCAGACGAAUUCGUAGGAAGUCUAAAGAAUGACAAGCGCCAGUCUGCUUUUGAAUCGCCAUCAUAGAUGCAUGUCUGUGUAUGUGAUAGGCUCAAGGGACUUGUUAAUAAUCUAUGUUUUGCAAUAAUGUAUUGAUCAUUUGAAUAUCUUAAUCCUGAUUAUCUUUUAUCUGCAAAUGCUAUUGUGAAGGUGUGACUUUCAAUGGUUUAAAGUUCAAAGGCCUGAGAUUAAAGACAAAAAUGAGGACAAAUACACAAGGACUGCAAAUGAUGGAUGCUAUUCCAUCUGAAAUCUCCACCUGGGAUUUCAUCACAGUAAUAGAGACAUUAAAGAAGUGAGCUCUGUGAUGAGCCGUUGCUGUGGAGUUUUUGCUUUUGCUGUCGGCUGGCACGGGCAAUUGGACUGGCCCAUGAAAACACAGGGACAAGGACAGCACACUGCCUCUGCCAGCUCCCACCUGACUGUACUGCACAACCCCCAUCUGUUCUGGACUGGCCCUCUUCAGCCCGAUCCAACACUCACCUGUGUAAUUCUGUCAUCUUCUGGGUGACGGCAACACGCAGGAAAACAUCUUACAUGGACUGUUCUUUUAGACUAGCAAUAUUUUAAUAAACAAGAUCCACCACAUUUCAACCGAAGCUAACAAAAAGAGGAACAUCAAGCUAAACCAGAGAGCUUUGGGAAUUGAACAACCUUUAUCUUGCAAUUUUCUCAUCUCUGCAUUUACAGUGGAGGCCAGGAGAUAUCGCUUGCCUGUCCAGAAAGACUUUGGGAGAGGGUGGAACACUUGCAGAAAGCAAUAUGUGCAAUGAGUGUCUGAAGUGAAACAUUUUGGCCUGGUUUCUGGAGCACUACGCUUUUUUUAUUUCCACAUUCAUGAGCCAAAUAAUCAAUAUAUAUACUCUACAAGAUCUUAGAUCUGCCUUCUCAAGACCUUGACAAGCACAAACCUGUUACUAAUCUUUAAAUCUUCAGUUCCUCUUUUAAAAGUAUAUGUUUUUUUUUUUUUUUAAGUGGUGUUAUUUAUUGGUUUUAUCUUCUGAGAGUUUUUGAAGGAUUCAGUCUGAAUACUGAUGCAUCUUCUAAUGUGUUUUAUUUUGCUUCCCAUUGUCAGGUCUCAGGCCAUGUUCACAUUGUAAAGUGAUGUGAAAGAAGAAAAAAACAUUGUAUGCAUAGCCUUGGUGGAAAGGUUGAAAUUAUAGUCUUGUUUUUAAGACAAAAAGAAUGUUGACACCCUCUGUAUUUCUAGAUAAAUAGAUAGUUUACCCAAAAAAGUAAAAAUGCUGCCAUCAUUUAUGUUGUUCCAAACACAUAUGACUUUCUAUUUUUUAGUACAUAAAAGGCAGAAUUAAGGCCAGAGUAUAUUCCGUUUUUUCUGCAUAUGGUUUGUGCACAGCGUGCAAUGAAAAUUUUGUCAUCAGCACCAUGCACGGACUGUCUAGUUUCUUUUUUCUCUCUUUUUUUUUGUUUUUGUUUUUUUUUUUUAGAAACUCAGGCAGUCUGUGUCUUUGCGCAUCGUUAUCACAUGCGCCUGCUGUUGACUCUGCUAAUAGAGUAUCACAGAAUAGUCGAAGCGUGCAUGCUUUCAAUUCGUCCAUAUUGGCUUGUGGUCAAAAGAGUGUACUUUGAAAGGCUGAGCGCCCAACCGUGCUUGUCACGGAAUGGUACUCUGAGACUUAAGACUAGGGUAUACUUAUAUACCCUAGUCUUCAGUCACCAUUCACUUUUUUUUCUUCUCCCCAUUCACUGUAAAAAAGAUACAAUAAAAGUGAAUGGCAUCUGAAGCUAACAUUCUAAAAUUCAAUUUUUCCACAGAAGAAAGUCGUACAGGUAUGGGGCAACAUAAGGAGUCACUGAUGCAAGAAUUUUCAUUUUUGGGUGAAAUAUCCCUUUAAGCCCUCUCCUGUGUGCCAGUUGAGUGUAGUUGUUCCACGAAUAUCCCAAACAGGAUUUGAAAUGGUAGAGACAGAGUGUUUGGGUUGUUUAAAUAGAGGGGAAAAAAAGCACUGUAAAACACUCAACUCACAGUUCACUCGAUUCCAAAAACAAACCUGAACAUUUUGUUCGGGGGAAAACUAUUUUGGGUAUAUAUAACUAUUUGGGUAUACUUUUUUUUCCCUAAGUACUUUAAUUAUAGGACUUAUAUAUAUAUAUAUAUUUUCCUGAGUCGUUUGUCCACUGGAAAGUCAUUGUAACUUAAUGCACACUGGCUUUCUCGGGUAAAGGGACUCUUUUAAUGAGAAUGUGAGGAUCUUGCGUUUGCGUGCCAGGUUUAAAAAAAAGCCAUUGUAAUGAAUUAAAACAACACUUUUGAUAAGUAAUCUAUGUAUACAUAUCUGUUCACUGGCAUAUAUUUUAAGUAUAUAGAAAAAAGAAUAAUCACUCAGGGCCUCUCGGUAAUUAAAAAUAAAUUAAGGAAAACAGUCCACUUCAAAUGGGUUUGAUGCCAUGGAGAUAUAUUUGGGUAUUAUGGGUUGUUUUCCUCCGGCCAUGCAUAUUUUAAAUGUAAUCAACUAAACUAAUAUUCAUUUUUUUAAAUAGCAGUAAAUAUUAUUCCAUUAAAAGACUGGCAUGCAAUGAAAAAAAGAAGAAAAAAAAGAUGAAGUUACUUGUAUUGAGUGAGAAUGGGCUUUGUCACAGCAGCCAAUCAUGUAGUGUGUAUGUUACUCAAACCUGUUUUCCAGCUGUUCAGUUUCUGUGUUUUUGAACCACACAAACAGGUUGUAAUCCCAUUUGCAAACGUGCCUCGGUGCACAGUGUUUGCAUGAUUUAAGGGUUCAAAUCAAAGCAAUGAAAAAAAUGACAAAUUAAAUCUGUAUUUUCAGUGAAAGAUAUCUAGUCAGGGGUGGGCAAGAAUUUAAUUGUGCACCAUAUGCAUGCAUGUCUAACCAGGUCCCGACUGGUUUUUAGGUAGAUCUAGUUGGCUAUGGGUUCUGGGGAUAGGGGACUUUUUGCUCAGCUGAUAACUGCCAUGCACUGUACUGCACAUAUUUGUAACAGAACCAAAUGACUACAAGAUUUGAUUGUGCUUGUACUUGCAAAAGAACAAAAACAAUAUAUAUAGGACGUUAGACAUUAACAAAGUUGCGCUUGAUGCCUGUAGUAAGCGAGCGGCUUUUGAGAUGGGAAAUAUGAUUGGCUCCUCACCACAUUUGUGCUUCUUUAUCAUUGCCUCAGUGACACCCUUGACUGGAAUCUAGAUAAUGGAAAGCCAUAUAGUAAAAAGGUGCUAGAUAUUCUGUAUUUAGGUGUAAUGCUACAUUCACAUAAGAGAAUGCUAUAGUUUGUUAUGGGUCUCUGUUCAUACAGCAUGCAGUGCUAGUACCCAAACGACAGUCAGCAACAGUUAAUUACAUUAUCAACAGGGGUUUCCAUAAAAAAAAAAAAAAAUAAUAAUAAAAAAAAAACUACUUAGCUUUACUUGUAUGUGCUGGUAGAUAGUGACCGUUUCAAAAUGUGUCUUGUAAAAGAUUCAUUUACUGCCCAAGCGAUCCGAUUUGGUACAUCUGCCUUAAACUGAAGUUGAAGGUAUUGUCUGGGGGUAAAAUAAACGGCACUAUCACAGCGCUAUCACUCACCAAAAUGGUCGAAAAAUAUAUGUACCUGUUGUGUACGGUUUCUCAACCUUGAGCAUCUGUAAUUGUUAUGGUUUAAGAAUAAGUUGUUGAUAUACACUCAAGCACUUUUGCUUGGGUUAACCGGCUGUGGACUCUUUCUAAUAUAUCCUUGUUUAGAUUUAUAAAGGAAUUUUUCACAGUAACCAAGAUUCCUUGAAAGCCUCAGUGUUACCUGUACUAAAUUACUAAAAAGAAAAAUAACUAUGAGUUAUGAUAAAUAGAAUCUUGUAGUCUUUCUGUGAUUCAACUAAUAAAUAAUCUCACAGCUUG